AUGUGUAUCGCAUUCUUGACUUUGUCGCAACCGGGAUACAAGCUCAUCCUAGCUUCCAAUCGAGAUGAAUUUCUCUCUCGACCUACUGCACCUGCACGAUGGCAUACGUUCUCCUCUUCGCCUCCCAUCGACGAGUCUGGCGAGAAAGAAUUUUGGAUCCUCUCUGGCGUAGAUAAAGGUGCAGUGAACGGUGGAACUUGGCUAGGCAUCACAAGGGAUCUGAGAGUUGGUUUACUCACAAACGUCCGCUUAACUCCCCCUACUCCACCUGUUCAACCUUCCCCCGACCCACCUUCCAGGGGUCUUCUUCUCCGAGAUUUUCUCUCCCCUCCCCCCUCAUCUUCAGUUGGAGUACACGACUAUCUAUCAUCCCAUCAUCCCCGAUCGGGCGAAUACGAAGGAUUCAACCUUUUGCUCUUUUCUCUACAAAAGGGAAAAGGAGAAGUGGGCUAUCUAACUAAUAGACCUAUACCUUGUUUAACGGAUUUGCAUAUCCCUUCUUCCCAUCCUACCGCCUCUCCACCAUGUGGUUCCCUUGGAGAGGAAGGCGAGAAAAAGAAUGUACAUGAGAUGCCUGCUGAAUGUUUUGGUAUAAGUAAUUCACCUAUGACCGAACCUUGGCCUAAAGUCCUACAAGGGGAGAAGAGGAUGGUAGAUACUUUGAAGCAAUGGCAGAGGGAUGGAGAAGAUGAUAAACACCUUGUAGAGAGGAUGUUUGGAGUAUUAUCCCAAAGUAUACCAAUAACCAAGGAAUCCGAUGCAUUAUCGUCAACUACCAUCCCUCUCAUCACUAUCCCUUCUACCAAUACGUUUACUAACCCUAGUACAGAUUCAGGACAGGCCCCAAAACCAAGAUGGUACGGUACGAGAACGUCUACAGUGAUCAUUGUGAAAGAAAAUGGAGAGACGAUUUUCGUCGAGAGAGAUGUGUUGGUUUUGGAUGAUGAAGGGAAUCCAAAGAAAGGCGAAGGGGAGAGAUGGGUGGAAUUUCAAGCGGAAUUGGAUUAG